CGACAACAAACACACCUGAUUCAAAUGAUCAGCUCACCAGCAAGCUCCGCAGGCACCUGAUAACAACCCUGAUUAUAUGAAUCCGGUGUGUAGGAAGAAGGAAACAUUUAAACAUACAUGAUAGGUCACCUCCAGGACUGGAAUUGCCCAUCCCUCCUGUAUAGUAGCUCAUCGAAAAUAAUCUUGUGAGAGAUUUAGUUUUCUAAAAUGCAGUGUUACAUCAUGUUGAGCUGUACUGCAGUGUGACUAUACUUUGCAUGACUGUUUCAGUACAAUUUUGAAUACUACUUAUGCCAUUCCAGCAAUAUUUACAUGAGUUUAUUGCAAUGUACCGUGCUAACUGUGCACUUCAAAGCAUUUAAUUGCAAAUAUUCUGAAAAAAAAAAUUAUAUCCAAAUGUCUUCAAGAAGUUAUUUUCUUAAUUACUGUACUUAGAUGAACCCCCAACCCCUCUCGCAAUUUUUUUUCUUUUUGCAUGAUUGUACACAAGGCUGUCUCUUCCCGGACGUUGACUGUCACCAUACUGAAGGCAGAAAACAUUCGCUCAAAAGACUUUGGGUCAGAGUCUGAUUGCUAUGUUACGCUGACUCUCCCACCUGCAAUUGUUUUCAAGACAACUACUGUGGAAAAUGACAAAAACCCAGAAUGGAACCAAAGCUUCAAUUUCACACUCAGCAAUAAUUUCCAGACUACUCUCCAGAUUCAUCUGCAUGAUGAGGACCCCCAAUUUGAUGAAUUGAUUCAAACAAUGGUGAUUGAUAUCAGCACACUGCCAGAAGGGAAAACGGAAAUCAAGGAAUUUGCCAUCCAACCCGAGGGUAAACUUUGGAUCGCCUUUACGAUCAAAGAGAGUGAGAGGAAAGCUGUGAGCCCUUUCAAAUGCUGUUCUUUGGGGAAGGAAGGGGUUUCUUACUGGAAAUUAAAUGUGACUGUCCUAAAAGCCAAACUGGGUGAUUCCAAAGAUUACUUUUCGGAGUCAGACUGUUACGUCAGUCUUUAUCUUCCUACGGCAACUGCAAGUGCAUUCAACACAAAAACAGUGCAGAAUAACAACAAUCCAGAAUGGAAUGAAACGUUUACCUUCAGGGUCCCCUCACAUCUGAAAAAUGUUUUAGAGAUCAGGCUGCAUGACGAGGACCCCGUUUCACUUGAUGACCUCAUGUCAACGACUAUGUACGAUCUCAGCAACCUCACACUUGGCAAGAAAGAAAGAAUAGCAUUCAAUUUAAAUUCUGAGACAACAGACCAAAUUUUAAUCCAGUUUGAGAUGCUCCAAAGCGAGGAGCCCCCAAGUGACUAUUUCAGUAAUGGCAUUCUCCUGGCUCCCCCAUUCUCUGCUUUGGACAUCAACGUCGACAAGCUUCUAAACAAUUAUGAUUCCCUGGGUAAAACGAUAAAGCUUUGUGGGGCCUGUCCCGAGAAUCAGAGUUUAACAGCAAAGGAAACCACCAAGCUGCGUUUUUUCAUUAACAGAGACUUGGCGACCGAACUUGGACUGGCUUCCUCUGCUGUUGAUGCCCCCUCGAGUGUGGCAAGGCUUCAGCCACUACCACCUGAACACACUUGCAAAGUGUCUCUUGUUAUUGAUCAGGACACCGUGGAUUUAGAUGUUGAGACACAUGAGUGCGUCGAUGGCCAUAUUGCAGUUCGUCUGGAUUUUGACAUUCCACCGCAAGAGAAAGAGUUUUUGAAGAAGAGGAAGUUAAUUGUGGGGCAGAAUAUGCAAAAGCUCUUUGGCCUUGACUCUCCACCAUCAGCAAACCAGGUGCCAACUAUAGCAGUGGUGGGUUCGGGGGGAGGAUCCAGAGCAAUGACAAGCCUGUUGGGCAGUCUAAAGAGCCUCAAGGAAAUACAAGUCCUCGAUAUUGUAUCUUAUAUCACAGGAGUGUCUGGAUCUACUUGGACUAUGAGUGCCUUGUUCAGAGAUGCAAACUGGUCACAGGACGGCAUCGAUCGUGUCAUCGCUGAAAUAAGAAAAGAGAUCUGUAAGGAUGCCCUGAGUCUCUUCUCUCUGGAAAAAAUGGAAUACUACAGGCGCGAAAUGGAAGAAAAAAUGAAGGAGGGACAUAUUUUAUCCCAUACUGAUUUGGCAGGCCUGCUGUAUGAACAAACUGUUUUUGGCGAGAAAGUGGUCAAUACGCUCUCUGAGCAACGGAAGACGGUAAAUGAAGGCCAAAACCCUUUGCCCAUAUACACUGCUGUCAAUGUGAAGGAGAGGAUGGGCUGUGAAUCAGAAGCUGAGUGGUGCGAGUUCACCCCCUAUGAGGUUGGCUUUCAAAAGUACGGUGCUUUUGUGCGCGCUGAAGACUAUGGCAGUCAGUUCUUCCUUGGUCAUCUCAUCAGAAAACUCCCAGAAAUCCGCAUCCCGUAUUUGAUUGGAAUAUGGAGCAGUUUCUUUUCAGUCACCAUGUCUCAAUUAAUGAACCUCGCCAGUGAUGAGACCGGAAGCGGACCAGAUAUGGACAACAAAGAGCCUGAAAAUGAGCCGUUGACUCUUGAUACACAACAUAUGGAUCCAUCCUCAGCCGUCUCUAGAAUCAUCAGUGACUUCUUAAUGAAUCGCCCAUUUAGUUCUAAAGAAUACAACUUCAUGCAUGGUCUCUUUCUGCACUCAAGCUACAAUACACAUAGCAACUUCACAGCCUGGAAAGAAUCACACCCUGAUGCUUUUCCAAAUUUACUGACACCCAGCGAAUCAUUUCUGCAGCUCAUUGAUUCUGGUCAUUCCAUCAACAUCGGCUGUGCGCCCGUCCUACGUCCUGAGAGAGAAGUGGACGUUAUCAUUUGUUUUGAUAAUUCUUGGACCCCAAACGACAUCUUCAAGGAACUGAAGUUGACAGCGUCUUACUGUCAAGACCACAACAUGCCCUUCCCUCGUAUCGAUUUUACCACUCUGGAAGAACAACCUCAGAGAGAGGUUUACAUUCUUGAAGAUAUGGAGAAUCCCAAGGCACCAGUCGUGAUUUACUUCCCGCUUGUCAAUGAUUCAUUCAGACAUUUCAAAGAACCAGGUGUGAAGCGCGAGACUGCAGAAGAAAUAAAAGCUGGAGAGGUGGAUGUGAAGAGCAGCAACUCCCCUUUCAAGACUGACCAACUUGUCUACUCAGAGGAAGAUUUUGACAGUCUCGUGAACUUAACUGCCUAUAAUGUGGCCAACAACAAAGAAAUCAUCAUUGAAACCUUGCGUAAGGUCUUGAAAUCUAAAAUGGAUAUUGAGAUAUAAGUCAGACCGUGUGAACAGUUGAGCUUUAUUCAUUUAACCUUGAGGGUUUAAAAUCAGUAGACUAUAUUUAAAGUAGAUUAAAAAUAAUAUACACUGCAUUGUACUGCAUUGAGAUUCACAACUAGCCUAAAACAUACACCAAUUUUUUUGGGACCGCAUAUCUUGUUCAGGUUCAUGUGGAGCUGAAGUCUCUCCCAGGUGACUUUGAGCGAAAGGUGGGCAACAUACACCCAAGACUGCUAACUAGUUAAUCACAAGACACCAAAAGAGACAGAAAGCAGUUUGCAUUCACACCAUCACUGUGGGCACCAAACUCACGCUGCCAGCACUGAAAUCUUGGGAUUGUCCACCGUUCUUUUUUUUUUCUAAAACAAUUUCCAUCAACAUAUUUAAUAAACGCGUUGCUCAUGGGCCAACGAAGAAAUUAUUACAUUUAGUUGAGGAUCCGGAAUUGACGUCGUUUUUAGCCUCACAGUCGAGAACUUCUACGUUCAAAUUUUUUUAACAGUAGGACAUUGGUGGAGGGGCCAUUCGUUUUAGAUUUAUACAUUAGAACAAGGGAGCUCAAACUUUUUGGGUUGAAGGAUCCCUUGAAGGGACCCCCCCCCCCACUACCCCAGAGAACCACCUAAUAAUGCGGCAAUUGAACAUGCAUGUCCCUAAGUGUCACUUAAAAUUGAAAAGUUAACUAUUUUGAGGAAAAAGAAAAAAAAAAAGAAAGAACACUUCAUUUUUAAUUGUGAUUCUAUUAUUUGGUUUUCCAGACAAAUCAUUCGGUCAAUAAAUAAAUUCACUCGCAGAAGCAGAGGGAUGUGCUUUGUUUAGUCACUUGUUUGUAUCAUCAUGUAAUCAAAUAAAGGUGUGUGCACUGGCUUCAA